CCGAGCUUGUGGAUAACCACAGUCAUCAGUCCAUCAGUGCACCGAGAAGAACACCGAGAAGAACACCGAGAAGAACACCGAGUGCAACACAGUUUAUACAUACAUAUACAUAUAGCGUCACGGCGAGAAAAACAUACCUGUACAUCAACGACCAUAUAUCACUGCAGAAAAUAAUAUGGCCGCUAAAUUGUCGUAUUGCCGCGCGGUCGCGGUUUUCAUCGUAGCCGUGUGCGCCGUAGCCUCAGCGUUUCCGUUUCAGCCGUCGCAAGACGAGUACCUCACGCAGCACGAGCACGACGGCGCGUCCACUGCAGCUGAGCACGGUGACGACGAUGCAGCUGCGGGUCACGGCGGCGUGGUGCCCAAGCCCGGGUCGACGUAUCACUUCCAGUACUCGGUGCACGACCCGCUGACCGGCGACGAGAAGAGCCAGAACGAGGUGGGCGACGGUCACGGGUCGGUCAAGGGAUCGUACAGCCUGGUCGAGGCGGACGGCUCCACCCGAGUGGUCGAGUACACGGCCGACGACGUGCACGGGUUCAGGGCCGAGGUGAAGAGGAUCGAAGCGCCGGCGCACCGUCAACAUCUGCACGACCAGUCCGCCGCUACCGCUGCCACCGCCGAUGCCGACACACCGUCGUACAAGUUCGACUUUGCCGCCGAAAACGCCGCCGCCGCUGCCGCCGCCGUCUCAGCUCAGCCGGCAGCCGACUACGAACUGCAACAGUCAUUACACUACAACUACCCGUUGCAGCAGCAGCAGCAGCAGCAACACCAACCAGAAUUGCACUUUUCGUCGUCGCACCGCCGUUGAAGUCCCUCAUCGUUCGAGUCGUUGUUGUAGCCGUUUUUAUACAUACCUUUAUUGUUAUUAUUAUUAUUAUUAUUGUUAUUAUUAUUUCACAUAUGUUCACGCGACGCAUAGUAAAAUAUGUGACAAGUUCGGAUAAUAUAAUCGCAUCAUAUUAUUAUCAUAAAAUAACGUCUAAAUACAGUGUGAUUUACCGAGCAUCAAGCUCAUUGCUCAUUCCCGCAUUUUAGGUAUACAUUUAAUAAUACGCAUAUUUUAUUCUAAUUUAAAUUUUAUAAAUACUCGAAUACACUUUAUCUUCCGUGUGUUUGUCAAAUUCGUGAGAUUGUUUGUAUACUAAUAAUUGAGAAGUGUGGAGAAUCUUGAGAAUUUAAAAAUACGGUCAUUGAGUAUAUUUAAAAAUGGCGAAUAUCAGAUUUCGAAUAACUGCACUUUAUUAAAGAAAAAAAGAGGAGAGCAUGUUUGAUGAAUCACUCAUUAUGUAAUAUAUACUUACGUUACAUAUGUACUUACUCGGACUUGAAAGUAUGUAAUGCGUGUUCUCUCCUCCCCACAUAACACACAAAUAAAUAGAUAGUUUAUAUAAUAUUAACGUGAUUGCAUGAAAAAUUGAUUAAUUAAAAAAUUAAAAUUAAAUGUUCGGUGAUCGUUCAUGAAACCUGACAUAAUAUAAUAUGUACCGUUCAAUAAAUAUUUAGAUGUGUUUAAAGAAAAAUUUUAAUGUUUUAUUUGAAUCAUUUAUAUCGCCAUAGCGGUAAUUAUUUCCAUUUUGCAUAUACUUUCAGUGCCAAAUGCCUAUUCAAUAUAUAUAUCCAUUAUUCCCUCUCGUAAAUACUUCCACAAGAUGUGAGUACCAAGGCUAAUUGGGCCAUAUCUUGUAAACAGUUUUUGCUAUUAUUUUUAUACUCGUACAGUAUUGUGUAACAAUUUAUAAAUAUUUUGUAAUAUACUAAUAUACCUAAAUCUAUAAUUAUAUUAUCAUUUUAACAAGAA